AACAUGAGGGUCCUCUUGCUUCUGGGAUUGCUGUGCGUCGCCCUGGCAGACGUCACUCGCUUUGAGGGAGAGAGAGUAUUACGUCUGAAGCCUGCGCUGGACGAACAUGUGACGCUGAUUAAGGAUCUGGCCAACAGCAUUGAGAUCGACUUCUGGAGCCCCGAGAGCGUCGAGCUGGUGACCAUCGACAUUGACGUGGACGUCCGUGUGCCCGCCAUGUACCUGGACAUGGUGCACGCCGUGCUGCUGCAGAGCGACAUGGAGCACGAGGUCCUGAUUGAGGAUCUGCAGGAGGCUGUCGACGCCCAAGCUGACAGCAAGGCUUCACCCAGAGCUCACAGCUACACCAAGUACAACAGCUGGGACAAAGUCCAAGCAUGGAUCUCAUCCAUUUCCUCCUCCAACCCCAGUCUGAUCAGCAAACAGGUGAUUGGAAACACCUACGAGGGACGCCCCAUGACUGUCCUCAAGCUCGGUAAGAAGACCAGCUCCACCAAGCCUGCCAUCUUCAUGGACUGUGGCAUCCACGCCAGGGAGUGGAUCUCUCCUGCUUUCUGCCAGUGGUUUGUCAAGGAGGCUCUGUCCACAUACGGCAGAGAUUCUCAGAUGACCAGCCUGCUCAAUCAGAUGGACGUUUUUGUCCUGCCCGUCUUCAACAUCGACGGCUACGACUACACCCACAAGAGUAACAGGAUGUGGAGGAAAACUCGCUCCAGGAGAUCUGGAUCCAGCUGCGUUGGAGCCGACCCCAACCGGAACUGGAAUGCUGGCUGGUGCACCAUCGGAGCCUCCAGCAACCCCUGCAGCGACACCUUCUGUGGCUACAAACCAGAGUCUGAGAUCGAGGUCAAGAACGUCGCCGACUUCAUUCGCAGGAACAAGUCCAUCAUCAAGGCCUACAUCACCAUCCACUCGUACUCGCAGCUGCUGCUCUUCCCGUACUCCUACACCUACGAGCUGGCCGCGCACCACAGCGAGCUGCUGAAGAUCGCUCAGGGAGCUUCUGCAGCCCUUCGUAGGCUGUAUGGAACUCGCUACACCAGUGGACCCGGCGCAGCAACCAUCUACCCCGCCGCCGGAGGCUCUGACGACUGGGCCUAUGACCUGGGAGUGAAAUAUUCCUUCACCUUCGAGCUGCGUGACACAGGUCGUUACGGCUUCCUGCUGCCCGAGUCUCAGAUCAAGCCCACGUGCGAGGAGACCAUGCUGGCCGUCAAGUACAUCGCUGCCUACGUGCAGAAGAACCUCUAUUAAAGAGCCCGGGAGCAGCAGCAGACAAGGCUUCCUGCCAACCGGUUCUCCUCUCUACAAGCAUCCCCCCCUCCGGCCCCUGACAACCUCUUCGCCAUCUCCAGCCUGUAUCCAUGGAAACGGUCACCACCCGCCAUGUUUGCUUGCUGUGCUUGACAGAAACUCAAGAUGAGUGUGAACAAUAAAAUCAAUGAUCCAUC